AGUUUCAACAUUCAUGACGGAUAGACUCGGAUAGACUGCAAUUUUGGCUCGACACAGCCUCUUUGAAAGCAAAAGCGCCAGGAACAUGGCAAGCGUCGUUUUUAAUGGAUAUUAAUGGAUGCAGGACAAAUUUGUCGGUUGUGCCAGCCUCGAGCGAUUUGAAGAUGCACCGGGGAAGGCAGAGCUCGGAUGCUUUGUUGUUUCUCCCCUAUGCCGUGGCAAAGGACACGGUGCUGUGCUUCUUUCUUACAUCGAGCGGGUUGCGACCCUUUUAGGUGUGAGGCAGCUAUUUCUCCUGACCACACAGACGAUGCAAUGGUUUGUUGAAAGAGGAUUUCAGAAUGCUUCUCUAGAUGACCUUCCGCCUAGCAAGCGUGAAGGCUAUGACCUGGGGAGGUCUUCAAAGGUCUUCAUAAAGAACGUGUCUGACCUACCGAGUGAGCUCCAGCAACGUUUUACAUUUGUUGAAGUUGACGCAUUGGAUUGAGAAAGAGGAAAGACAAAGAACGGAUGUGCUUCGGGAAGUGCAACUCCGCACGAAUGUCGCUGGGUCAAGUGCCAGUUCAGAGCAGUUUUAAACAUCGAGUACUGUAGAAAGUAUAUGCAUCAGCAUUUGGCUCGAACCGUGGACGAGUAGAAGAGACUUGGCAAAGAUGCCCAACGAAAUGUUUUGGGUGGCGUUGCUUUUGCAGAUCUCCAUCGUCUUCGCAUCACCAUGCGUUGAUGAUCACAAGUUUUGCAGCACCUGGGCUGAAAUGGGAGAAUGCAAAACUACCAGGCAAUACAUGGAGCGACACUGUGCCAGAUCAUGCGGAUGUACCAAAGCGGUGCCAAAUCUUCCUGAUGAAAGCACAACUUUGACAACGACUGGGUCCACAAGUUCAACGGCAGCUGUGGAUAGCUCUACCGCGACCACUGGAGAAACAUCACAGGCGACAACCACCUCUGCAGACGUGACAACAGAGGUUUCGACGCCAAAACCCUCAACAAGUUCUGCCAUUGAGCAGACGUCCAAAGCACCGCCUUCUACCACUGAACCAGCAAGGACGACAACGAGGACUCCAUCACCUGCUUGGGCACCAGCGCCUCCUGCCUCCAGUGAAUACAUUCGGAAGGCCAACAAAGACCUUGCCGGCGAUAUGCUGGCUGCAGUGCCAGCGCCGAAGAUUGACGCAUGCAUCGGCAUGUGUGAUGCGACAGCUGGAUGUGAGGGCUUCUCAUUCUACAAGGGCGUGUGCUACAUGAAGGCGGAUCUGAAGGGGACCUUUUCUAAACCAUGGUGUACAACAAUGGUUCGGAAGAAGCCAGAUGACCCAAAGCAGUGCUCCGGUUUUGCAAGUGAGAAGGACAAGGACUUGGCAGGAAUCCUGGUGAAGCCACCGGUGUAUGCUGCAGAAGCAAAUGAAUGCUGCAGUGCCUGCACCGCAAUCCCUGAAUGCCAAGGCUUCUCCUACUUUGAGGAUUUUUGCUACUUGAAAGGCAAUUUGCACGGUACAUAUUCAAAGCCAGGCUGCACAGUCCACAUGAAGAGUUCUGCUCGCCGAUUGGAGAGCGAGUUCGCUCCGGGGAUAUUGGUGUGAAUGGGGACACAUGUCUCACUUGGACAUGCGGACAGGGAUUCAAGAAUGUUUGCUCAUCGCAGCGAUGGGAGCAUUGGUGAAUCGCUACAAUCAGACUCUCCAGCUCAGUGAUAAAACUUUUGACUGGGCAUAAUUUGAUGCACAGGGCAGGCUGAAGCAAGGCUACAAUAUGCCACUACACUUUUGUGGGCUUCGAACGCGCUCCAAACUGUGCUCUGCCACCACGGUGGAGGAGAGGAAUUCAAAUGCGUCCGCAAGGACAUCUAAUCCGUGACUCUUUGUGAUUGAGGAGCUGCCGUUGUGCCCUAUAUUUGGGUCCACUUGUACAGUGUGGAUGUGUUUGAACAUCUAAUAUGACAGGGCUUUUUAUAUUUGGCAGGCCUUGCAAAAUAGCAAAUGCCGAAGCCAAUUUGACUAGAUAAUCGACUGACACGCGCUUGCCUUAACCAAACAAAA